CAUGGUUUUCAUACUGCUAAAAUCAAAACCUUAUUGAUCAACCCAUUCUUCUAAUCAUGGGAGAAGAUAGAGGACUUGAAAUCACCCCUGCUUUAGUUGGCGUUCUUGGUGUCAUAGCUGGUGCUAUAAUCGUCGUUAUUAUAGGUUUUGUAAUAGUGACAUGGUGCAAAAAUAAUACUUCACCUGAUCCUCCUGAGCAAAGCACGACGAUCCCAGUAACGCAAAGUCAAAAUCCCUCUCGUGCUAAUGCUCAACGAGAGAUAUCUAGUAGCACGAGCACAAGCACGAGCAAUUCAAUGGUGCAACUGAUUGUUGUGUCGAGUUACAACAAAAAUUCUAAAGAAGAUAUGUGCUCUAUAUGUUUGGGUGAGUUUAUGGAAGGGGAUGAAGUUAGGGUACUGUCUCAAUGCUUGCAUAUUUUUCAUGUGUCAUGCAUUGAUGUGUGGCUGCAUUCUCACCGGAAUUGCCCGCUUUGUCGUGCAGACACUACAACGAUUCCUCCACAACGGCGUUUAACACUGUUGUUGCCAGAGUCCUAGAGGCAAAUUUAUAACUUAUAGUCAGUGGAUUCAG